CUCCUGCAAACCACAAGACUCUGUUCAAAGACCUGAAAGUUAUCGACACCUUUUGCCCCUCUCCAUGCCUAGACCAGGCCUCAUCUUUGCCGCUCUUCUUCUUCUUCUUCUUCUUCUGGCCUUAAUUCAUGAAACCUGCAGUGCCAAAGAUAAACAUUACUGUCCACCUUCUUCUUGUGGAAAUAAUUCGAAUAUUAGCUACCCUUUCAGAUUAAACACGGAUCCGCCUAAUUACUGUGAAAUGACUGCAGAUCCAGUAUAUAAUCUAUCCUGUGAGAACAACCUUACAGUAUUGUACUCUGAUCAAUCAAGAAAAUUCUACGUGAAAGCAAUCAAUUAUGACAAUCAAACAAUUCGAGUUGCUGAUGCUGGUUUUGAAGGGAGCUGCUCCAUACCUCAAUAUUCUUGGAACGUCUCUAACUUCUCAACGUUUUCACAACAUUACUCUCUUUUUUCUUAUUAUUAUUAUUAUUAUCAUUAUUAUUAUGCCUAUAAUGUUUAUUUAUGGGGGGAUGUUCUUUUCAUAAGUUGUGGAAAUCUUGUAAGUGAUCCUCUUUAUGUGGAAGCUCCUGCCUGCAUUAAUGACAGCUCUUUCUCCACACCUUAUAGGCCUAAAUCUGAAGGCAAAAGGUAUUAUUAUGUGAUAGUUGGAAGGACAACUGCACUUGAGUUAAAACCCUCAUGCCGUAUUGAGCUAAUGGCACUUACACCUUUCAUACGGGAGACGAAUUACGAGAACCUCUCCUACCUGGACAUCCACCAUUUGUUAGCAUAUGGAAUUGAGUUGUCGUGGAGGCGUGCUUCAUGUGGAGAGACAGAUUCUUCCUACAUUAAUGAGGAAAACCACUGUGUUUCUUAUCCUCCAGCUGUUCCUGUUCCUGUUGCUGCAUAUCUGGUGAACCGAGUUUACGAAGUAAUUUUCAACCAUGUUCUAUAUUUUCUCGGUUAUGAUUUACCUGUGCGCCUGUUUCCAGAUAUACAUGAUUAUGCGCCCGAUUAUGCGCCCUAUCAUGUAAAAGGUAAGUUCCUAUAAUCCACAUCAUGUUCAAUUAAUUUAUAAGAAAAAAAAACGUUUUUC